GUGCAGGUAUACAAGUGUGGGUCUCACCAGGUAGGAUGCUGGUGAGGGCCGUCUGUGGUUGGCUCAGCCCUGUGUCGUCGGCACAGGUGGGCACUCGCUCCAUUUGGCCCAUUGAAGUGUGAACGGCUUGCUCUCCCUUGCUCUCUACAACGCCUUGUUCCCUUUGUUCUUUGUGUGUGUGUGUGCAUGCGUGUGUGCACGUGUGCAUGCAUGUGCACACGUGUCUGCGUGCAUGUGUCUGUGUGUGCAUAUGUGUGCACGUGCAUGCGUGUGUGUCCAUGCAUGUGUGCAUGUGUGUGCAUGGGUCCGUGUGUGCAUGUGUGUGUGCACGUGCAUGCAUGUGUGUGUGUGCUUCCAUGUGCACGUGUGCAUGUAUCUGUGUGCUUCCGUGUGUGUGUGUGUGCAUGUGUGCACGUGUGUCUGUGUGCAUGUGUCUGUGUGCAUAUGUGUGGAUGUAGGCAUGUGUGUGGAUGUGUCUGUGCAUGUGUGUGCACGUGCAUGCGUGUGUGCGUGUGUAAGAGACAGAGAGACUCCCUGGUGACAACUGAGCAGAGCUGGGAUUGUUCUCAGGGCUCCCCCAACAACCCUCACACCCAGCUUGGGGUGGGUAGGGGCAUCUGAGGCCCUGCUCUUCAGGCCCUUGCCACCACACAGCCCCAUCUCACACACCGGAGGACUGGUGCCUGAGACCUCUGCCUCACCCCUACCCACUCUGUCUCCAUUUUACCCCGUCCCAUCCCACCCACCCUUACCCAUGUUUUUAGUAAUUUGUUGUCCAAACAAAGUGCAUCUCUUAAGUACAAAUUGGUUUCUUUUCAUCAGAGAUAAAGUCUAACUCGAGCUUCUGGUUCCCCUGAAGUAGGCAGAGCCACGACAUUCCUCCUGGAGCGGAGCGGAAUGGGGAGUCCUGUCUGUGCUGCCCAAGCAGGGGGAGGACAAAAAUAUCAUUAUCAUCUUUUACUCACAGCACCACCGCCCAUAGGUCAGUUUGUCCUACUGUGUGAUUGUCUGUUGCUGUGAUGCUGGAAGCUAAGCCACUGAUAUUUCAAACACCAGCAGGGUCACCCAUGGUGGACAGGCUUCAGCGGAGCUUCCAGGCUAAGACAGACUAAGACCUACUUCUUGGAGUUAGCCAAUGAAAACCUUAUGGGUCACAAUAGAACAUGGUCCUACUUGCUUGCUUUGAGAACGUCAUCAGGACGGAUCAAUCACUAGAAGAGGAUGUCAUGUUUGGUGAAACAGGGGGCCUGCAAGGGUGAGGGAGACCCUCAGUGAGGUGAGCUAGCACAGUAGCCGCAACCGUGGGCUUGAACAUGGUCACAAUGAUGAGGAAGACGCAGGAUCAGGCAACAUUUCGUUCUGUUGUACGUAGGGUUGCCAUGAGUCGGAACUGACUUGAGGGCAGCUAUCUCUAUGUGUCUGUCUGUCCAUCUCACAGUAAAGAGCACUGAUCUCAAGCACACAGUUCAGUGCAUUUUUAUGUCAGUAUCCUGCCUGGGUGGCUGCGGCAUCUGCCUUUUCACCGUGUUCUUUCCGUGAUCCUGAUUCCUUGGAGAAGUUCAGGAUUCCAGGCACAGCAGGAAUGCCAACAGUCUCUCUUGGGCAAUAGAUAUAGGCCCUGGCUCAGUCACUUGGCUUCACUGGGUGCACCCCCAAAUCCCCCCCAGCACUGAAACACUCUGCCUCUGGAAUUUAAGUCCAGGUAGGGCCCUUGGGUGACCAGGCUGUGAGGAUGGGGCCUUUGAGAGGCCAAGGGGAACAGAGGAGGAGCCCAGGUAAGGAGCUUUAGUGUGCAGAUCUAUAAAAUGGGGAUAAGUGCUGCUCUUACAAGGCCGUUGUGAAGAUUACAGGGGGAGUGCCCAGGAGAGGAUGUAGGUACCCAAAAGUGAGUGUCCUUUCCACCAGGUGGGCUUCUUGAGGUGUUGGUUACCUGGUAGCUCAGUCUGUGACGUUUCACUGGGCUGUCCACAUGUGACUGUGCACUCUUCUGUAUGUAUAAACCUGUUGCCACAGAGCCAAGUCCGACUCAUAGUGGCUCUGUAGGACAGAGUAGAGCUGCCCCAUAAGGUUUCCAAGGAGCGGCUGGUGGAUUCAAACUGCCAGCCUUUUUUUUUUUAUUAGCUGUCGACCUCUUAACCACUGCGCCACCAGGGCUCCUCUGUGUGUAUACUAAAAUACAAGUUUAUAAAAAAAUUUAGUGACCAUUCCCUCCAACCACAGUUAGGCUGGAGGCACCUCAGGGUCUCUGGUAGCUUUUUCCAGGCCUGAGCACAGGGCUGGGGGCAGGAAGAGGUCUCCCCAGGUGGAGGAGGUGUGCUCCUUUCAGCCCUCAGGCUCCACUGCUACCAGCCUUUCUGUGAUGUUUCUCUGCCCCCUGGUGGCAAGAGGGAUCUCAGCAGCACAAAGCCCCAAGUGGGGCCCCUCAGGGUGCCUUGUGUCCUGUCCCUUCUCACCCUUCCCACCACUUUGGCCAGGAAGGAAUCCAUCAGGGUCCAGAAGGCUGGGGCCUGGGCUGGAGCAGGGGUUGGACCCACAGGUAGGAGCAGGUGGUGCAGCAGGUGGAGGCUGUUGAGCAGCCUGCAGGCGGGGGCGGGAGGAAGUGCUAUUUAAUGAGGGGGUGGCCCUGAGCCUACAAUUAGGCUGUCCUGCCAGCUAGUUGGUCCUCUUGCUUGCUGAGUGGCAGUGGGUGUCCACCAUGGAGAGCGUUGCAGGCCUCUGGCCUUGGGUGCUCGGUCUGUUCUGCCUGCCAGGUUUGAUCCUUGGAGCAUCCGACACCUCUAGCUGCCCAGGAGCCUGUGACACCAGCUCCCCAGAAGACCUCACGUCUGAGGACACCCAGGGGUCCUGGGACAGGGAUAUCCCUGCAAUUAACCAAGGGCUCAUCCCAGAGGAAACCCCAGAGAGCGGCUUUCUCCUCGAGGGGGAUAUCAUCCGCCCAAGCCCCUUCCAGCUCUUCUCGGCUGCCAGUAACAAGUGGCCCAAGAGUAGCAGUGGCCUUGUGGAGGUCCCCUUCCUGCUGUCCAGCGAGUACAAUGAGCUCAGCCGGCAGGUCAUCCUGAAGGCAUUUGCUGAGUUUGAACGCCUUACAUGCAUCAGGUUUGUCUCCUAUGCUGGCCAGAGAGACUUCAUUUCCAUCGUCCCCAUGUCUGGGUGCUUCUCUAAUGUGGGGCGCAGCGGAGGGAUGCAGGUGGUGUCCCUGGCACCCGCCUGUCUCCAGAGGGGCCCAGGCAUCGCGCUGCACGAGCUUAUGCAUGUGCUGGGCUUCUGGCACGAGCAUGCCAGGGCCGACCGGGACCGCUACAUCCGUGUCAACUGGGACGAGGUCCUCCCAGGCUAUGAAAUCAACUUCCUCAAAGCUCGGAGCAGCAACAUGCUGGUGCCCUAUGACUACCUGUCAGUGAUGCAUUAUGGGAGGCUUGCCUUCAGCCGGCGUGGGAUCCCUACCCUCCUGCCACUCUGGGACCCCAGUAUCCACAUUGGCCAGCGGUGGAACCUGAGUGCUUUGGAUGUCACACGGGUCCUCAGGCUUUAUGACUGCAGACCAAGUGGUCACAGCCCCCCUGGACGAGACUUUCAGGCCCCCAGCGGUGGUAGGAGCCCCACUCCUGCCUCCAGGCCCCACUUGCAGAGGCUUCUGAAGGCACUGCUGGUGGAACCCAGGAGUCCCCACCUCAGCGGCUCUAAGACUGGAGGCCAGCACAUUACUGCAGGAGCUGGAGAGAAUUCACCUGGACGGAAGCCCUCUACUCAGGAGAAGUUCAGCACGGAGACCCCUGCAAGACCACCUCAGGCCCUAGUUUCCACCCCAAGCUCAAGGCCUGGAGCAGGUGCUCCUGGCGUUGUUCUGGAGUGGCCUUGGCUGACCCAAGUGCCUACUGUACCCCUAGCCCCAUCUCUAGAAGGAGAAAGUCAGCCAGCACCUGUUCAGGCUGCUUUGGGGAACCCAGCUCUGCCAGGAGGCCAUGUACCUGGAAAUCACUUUAGGGGGAUGUCCAGUGGUCAGACCCAAGUGGGGAGGGACUCUUCUGCCCAGAGAAGUGGGGUUGCCCAACCUGUAGCCCCUCUGGGCAGCACCUCCUUUUCUUCUAGCCCCAGUCGGGCUACCUUCUCUCAAAGGGGCAGGGCCCUCUCCUGUCUUGCUCCCCCAAGGGCUCGUGGGGACAGACAAGCUCCCUAGAUCCAUUUUUAGGGGCAGGCAGACAUAUGGGGGUAUCUGGCUCUGCCUGCUCUGACUUCUGCCCCAGCCCUGGAGGAUGCUGGGAACGGGAGGUGACAUUCUUCAGGGCUCCAGGGACAGGAGGUCUGGGAAGGGUAGGGAAGAGGCAGGUUCCAGUACUGAAGGCCCCUGGGAGCCUAUGUCUGUGUCCAAUUCCCCAGCGUGGACUAAGGGUGCUGACCCACAUA